AUGUCAUUGGAUGAUAUUGUCAAAAGCCUCGAUACUAGCACUCAAAGCUUCCAACAAGAAACUAAAGCUGGCAUAAAAAUCUUAGAGCAACAAGUGACACAAAUUGCUCAAUCCGUGCUUAGAAUGGAAUCACAAGGCCUAAGAAUCCCGAAUGAAGAAGAAGAAGAAAAGGAGGUUGAGGAAGAGAAAGAUUUCAAAGAAGAUGAAAGGAAUGAGAGUUCAAAGUCAAAGAAUCCAAUAGACACCGAGGUGAAAGUCACUCCAACAACAUUUCCUUCAAGGUUAAGAAGCACAAAGAGUGAAUGGGACGACGAUAAGAUCAUGGCAAUGUUCCGACAGGUUGAAAUCAAUAUCUCUCUUUCAGAUGCUAUUACAAAAAUUCCUAGAUAUGCUAAGUUCCUUAAGGAACUUUUCACAUCUAAGAAAAAUCUCAAAGGAAAUGAAACAUUGAAAGUAGGAGAAAACGUGUCCGCCGUGUUACAAAAACGGCUACCAAAGAAAUCCAAGGACCCGGGUGUAUUCACAAUUCCUUGUAAAAUGGGUAACCUUUUUGUGCCACGUGCUUUGCUAGAUCUAAGGGCAUCAAUUAAUGUCUUACCUUAUUCGAGCUAUAAAACAAUAGGAAUUGGACCUUUAACAAAAACUACAGUUAUAGUUCAACUUGUCGACCAGUCUUUAGUACACCCAAAAGGUGUAUUGGAGGACAUGUUAGUGCAAGUCAAUAAAUUUGUAUUUAUUGCUGAUUUUUAUUUCUUGGAUAUGGGUGAUGACAACAACCCAAAAUCGAGUUCCAUAAUUUCGGGGAGACCGAUCAUGAUUACCGCAAAAACAGAAAUAGAUGUAGCAAAUGGUACUUUGUCUAUAGAAUUUGAUGGUGAUGUGAUCAAAUUUAAUAUGUUUGAAGCUAUGCGUUAUCCUAGUUCUAUUCAUUCCUUAAACUUCAUAGAUGUUAUUGAUUCAUAUACUAAUAAUUGCUUUGAGUUGUCAAGCCAUGAUGUGGUAACCACCAUCUUGAGCAAGCAUUUUGAUGAGACAUGA